AUGGUGCUUCCAAGAGGAACCUUUUCUUGCAUGGUGCUGCAACGGGACAUUCUGAAGAUCCAGAUCUUGGAGCACCUAAUCAACCAGUUGAGGAAGAGGAACGAAGGUACUCAGCCUCCUGGGGCAAGUGGGAGCGACACACUGAAUGAACCAACUCCAAUGGAGCAGGAUCAAGAAGAAGUUAAGCUACGUAAAAGUGAGCGUGGUAGAAUCUCUCGUCGUCGAUUUGAGAUUGAGGGAGAUCCGGGGAAUCUUAUUCUGUCACCCAAAACGACCACUCCUUCUGUUCUUGAGUUUUGGGAAUUUCCUUCCAUUGGCCGGUUCAAAUUCAAUACGGAUGGUGCUUCCAAGAGGAACCUUUUCUUGCAUGGUGCUGCAACGGGACAUUCUGGUAAGUCGGGUGCUGGUGGCCUUUUUCGAGACUGUUCAGGAACAUGGAUCUAUGGGUAUACAUGCAAAAUAGCUUUCUCUACGAGCCUACAAGCUUCACUUUGGUUUAGCUUCCAACUAAGGCUAAGGGAGUUGUUUCCAUGGGAUUGAGUGAACGAGCUCAUAGCCCUCCACCCGUACCGCAAAAGCGCUAAUUUAUAUAAAAAAGACCGGGAAAACGUGAAUCUAUCCCGAACAUUUCCUAAAAUACUGGAUAAACUGACUCAGAUCGGUCUCCCUCAAUCGAGAGGCUCGCUUGCUUCACUUCAACUUCAUAGAAGAGGGAAGGAGCUAUGCAGAGGGGUGAUUCCGGUGGAGAUGGAAUGAAUGCAUUGACAAUUCCGUCUGAUCUGUCUUAUUCGUAUAUCUUAUUAUGGGUUAUUUGCCUUAACAGAAUCAUUAGAAGGCUUUGGGCGGGGAAACCCAACUGCAAGACCAGAGGCUACUGAAAGGAAGAUACUAUCUCUUCUUGAGCUUCUGAUUGACAUACCGAUAUUGAUUCAAUAAAAGUCCUUAGCUCAGGUGAGACCUAAUCCUAUGUUUACUUUUCAUUCAAAUCAGCUUCCUGAUGACUAAAGAAGACUUUUUUUAUCCUAGCGGUUGUUGGUCCAACGACUCUACUUCUUUCUUUUUAAAUAUCGUAAGAGAAGAAGGUUGACAAGAAGAAUAAUUAGUCUCCUGUGAUUGUAGUUCAAUCGGUCGUUUGUCUCUAGAAGAAAGAAGCCUACUUGUAGAAGAGAAGAAGCGGGGUAGAGGAAUUGGUCAACUCAUCAGGCUCAUGACCUGAAGAUUACAGGUUUGAAUCCUGUCCCCGCAUAAAGAACAAAAAAAUAAUAGAAAAAGAAAAAAUGGGAUUUGAAGAGUCAAAGUAAAAUAAAUGAUCAUUCGGUGGGGACUGCUCCGCCGACAUUGGAACGAGGCCAACCGCUGCUUAUCACAACCUCUGGUGCCUGUGGAGGUUUGACCUUGGCGCCGAUGAGGAUUAACUAUGUGAGGAUUAAGGUGUCGGACGUCAUCCGCAACGUAAAGAUCGUGGUGCACAGUGUGUACUUGCCAUUUCCACAUAUUAAUCCUGUGGCUGCGGCUUACGACAGUAUCCUAGGAGGCUCAGAAGUCUCAGGAGGAGAUCAGACAAUGGAAGAAAGGAUUUCGAUCUUCGAUCUUCGUUACCAUUCCAAAGUUAAUUAUUUAGCUUUCGAUUAAGUGAGUGUUUGUUUGCUCAAACUCAGACUAAAAUGCGACUAUAUGCCUUCCCGGUAGAAAAUGACCUCUGUGGCGGGAUUUACUAGGUCAAAUUCAA